AGGAGAACGCUUUCAGCAGAAGUGAGUAACAGAUUCACAACUCAAAAAAGUGUAAAUAUUGUUUCUGAAGAAGAGCUAUGGAUAUCUCCAGCACUUUACUUUUGCUGGGUUUAGUGAUAGCUCUGUUAAUAUUGCUCAGAUGGAGGAAUCAGCCACAUAAUCUUCCUCCAGGACCUACAGCUUUGCCUCUACUCGGAAACAUUCUUACCUUGGACAACCGAGCUCCCUUUAAAACCUUUUUAAAGUGGAGUAAGACUUAUGGUCCUGUGAUGACGGUGUAUUUGGGAACCCAGAGAGUCCUUAUCCUGGUGGGCUAUGACACAGUGAAAGAAGCCCUUGUUGACAACGCGGAUGAUUUUAUUGGCAGAGCCCCUGUUCCAUUCAUUCAGAAAGUUCUGAAAGGCUAUGGCAUUACGAUCAGUAAUGGAGAGCGCUGGCGUCAGCUCAGGAGGUUCACACUCACUACACUGAGAGAUUUUGGCAUGGGACGCAAGCGGAUGGAGGGGUGGAUACAGGAAGAAAGCAGACACUUGCUGGAUACCAUCAAGGAAACAAAUUCUGCGCCAGUUGACCCCACGUUCUACCUGAGCAGAGCCGUGUCCAACAUCGUCUGCGCACUGGUGUUUGGUCAACGCUUCAGUUAUGAAGAUAGCCACUUCCUGCGUCUGCUCCAGGUCUUCACUGGAGUACUGCAGUUUGGCAGCAGCACAUGGGGACAGCUGUAUAAUAUCUUUCCAUGGCUGGUUGAGCUACUUCCUGGUAAUCAUCUCAAACUUAUAAACGAUGUGGAUGAACUCAAGGACUUUUCUAGGGGCAAAGUACAAGAGCACAAGGACAAUUUGGACCCCGAAAACCCACGAGACUUCAUCGACUGCUUCCUCAUCCGACUCAAACAGGAAAAGGACAAUCCCAAUACAGAGUUUCACUAUGAAAAUUUGAUAGCCACUGUCUUAAACUUAUUCCUGGCUGGGACUGAGACCACAAGCACUACUAUCAGAUAUGCUCUCAUGUUACUGAUCAAGCACCCUGAAAUACAGACUCGCAUGCAGAAAGAGAUUGACACUGUGAUUGGACAAGAGAGAAGCCCUUCAUUGGAAGACAGGAAGUCCCUCCCAUUUACUGAUGCAGUAAUCCAUGAAGUGCAGCGUUAUAUCGAUCUCGUGCCGCUCAAUGUUCCUCAUUACACCACACAUCAGAUUACAUUCAGAGGCUACACAAUUCCAAAGGACACAGUAAUCUUGCCCUUGCUUCACUCUGUUCUGAGGGAUGAGGAACACUGGGAGAAGCCCUGGUCAUUUGACCCAAGACAUUUUUUGGACACAAAUGGCAACUUUAAAAAGAAUCCUGCGUUCCUGCCUUUUUCUGCAGGUAAGAGGUCCUGUGUGGGCGAGUCUCUGGCGCGUAUGGAGCUAUUUAUUUUCCUGGUGUCUCUGCUGCAACAUUUCACCUUUACCACACCUGGAGGACCUGAGAGUGUUGAUUCCACUCCUGAAAUCAGCGGCUUUGCCAACCUGCCUCGCAAAUACCAGCUCAUCGCUACCCCCCGCUGAACUAAGAUUACUGCAGGCAGACAGUUCAGUCUUAAUGCAAUUACUAGUGCAAAGAUUGUAGCCUGAACUCAUCUCGCAUAGAUUUUCAUGGAAUUGAAGAGCCCAAGAUAGUAUUUGUUAAUAUAUCAUACAAGCAUAUAUAGUUAUGUUUUGUUUUGAGUAAGGAAUAAUUGAUGAAGGGCCAUGGUAAUGCAUUACACCUGUUCAUUAAUUUCUAAUAAUUCAACGGACCUGAGUCAAUUAUUCCACUUAUAGCACAGUUACCACACCUCUAGACAUUGUUCAGCUGUUUAAGUUUAAGACAUUUGUCAGGUUUUUGUCCUUAAAAUGCUCUCGUGUGUGGAACUAAUUUAUUACGCAUCCCAUCUUAAGCCUCCGUUGCUAAUUCCAAAACGUCAUUUUAGAGCUAGUAAAGGAGGCUUGAACCAUUGAUAUGCAGGAGAGAGAGAGAGAGAGAGAGAGAGAGUGAGUGAGUUCAGAUUUCAUACUGAUAAUAUAAAAAUAGAAUAAAUAAAUAAAUAAAUAAAUAAAUAAAUAAAUAAAUAAACAAACAAACAAACAAAUAUCGAUAGGCCUACUUAUUCACAGGGUUUCUCGUUUUUAUUACUGCAGAAAAUACAAAUAAAGAAAUAAAUAUUGAUGCUUGUUCAUCGCUCCAAUAACUGCAUAUCAAUGGCUCAAGCCUCCAUUUCGACUCGUGGCCGCAUUACCACCUCGGUGCGCAUUAUUUUUCUAAUAAGUUAAUGGACCGUGGUCAAUUAUAACUUACUUAUUUCUGGAAACUCAAAAUUGUCUGUAAUUUUGUUUGUUGUUAAAUGUGUGUGCUGUGGUGGACAGUAGGCUUUUUUGUAACUUUAGUAACUUCUCUGUCAGUUCAGUUAACUUGGCGAAGUGAUAUGGAACUUUAAUGUGGUCAAGACCUGAGUGGAACUACUUUAGGUGUGCAUUUACUGAAAAAUAAUUGCACACCUCAGAACAUCUGUCUGCCAGUCAGAAUAGAUUUCACUACAGCCUCUGUUCACACAGCUGACGAAGGACUUUUUUUGUCUGAAACGUUCUGUUUCACUGGAAGUUUUGUGCACUAUACUGAACUUUUACCAUCUCUACAUAUACAGUAUAUUCAUACUGAUUGUAUGCUUGUUUUAGCACAUAUUAUUUUUAGUUGUUAUUUAUAGAUGUAAAUUACCCUUUGGAGCUGGGUUUUUUGUUUUUGUUUUUUUUUUGUGAUCUGGAUUCUUCUGAACAUGCCAAUAUUGUGUAUGACCUGGACGGUGUUUCUUACCACAGUUAUUGGAUUUGCUCUCUCUCUCUCUCUCUCUCUCUCCCUCUCUCUCUCUCUACUAAUAAACAUCAUUCAAAUUA